AACAAGCAGCGCCACCCUCUUCACCGCCCAUCGCAUUCACCUAUGGCCCUUGUUUCUGUUCCCAGUUUUCACCCUCCAUUUAACCCUCUUCAACCUUCUUUUCUUCCACACCAAGUUCACAAUCUUCAUAUCUAUUACUAUAAACACAACAACACAUAUAUCCGUUGGUAUAUGACAAAUUUCUUGUAGUGACAACGUGACAUAUUAACCCUCUGCAACCUUCUUUUCUUCCACGCCAAGUUCUCAAUCUUCAUCUCUAUUAUAAACACAACAAACUCACAUACUAAUUUGUUUUAUCAACCCUUCAUAUUACACACACUUCACUAUGAAACCAAUAACCUUCCCUCAAAACACGUUCCCUGAGGUGUGGGAACAUGAUGAUGACGACAACUCCGUCGUUUCCGAUUGCGAAAGCGUCGUCGUUUCAAGCACCACCAAAACGACGCAGGCUUCCGAGUCGUCGUUUUUAGUUAAACUCGGAGAGACCGACGUCGUGCAAGACCUCAUAAAGCGAAGGUUCGUUCGAGGCUUGGGUUUGCUCGGUGCAAAAACUGAGGUCGUUGCGAUUCAUCGAAACGCGUGCUCCGGCGUCGUUUCGCAAGCGAGGCUUCAGUGCUUCCAUGUUCAUGCUAAGGCGGUGGCGGAGCUUCGCGGCGGCGAGGCCAAUGUGAAGUAUGCUUGGUAUGGAGCUCGUGGUGGCGAGAAUGAGAUUCGAGAUGUGCUUUCUCAUGGUUUUGGUCAUAAACAUGGUCCUUCACUCUGCCUCUCUCCAGAUGAUUCUCCUCUUCAAAGUGUGAAAAACUGUGUAGUUGGCAAGGAUGGUGUGAGGCACAUGUUACUGUGCCGUGUUAUUCUAGGGAGAUCGGAGCUUGUGCAUGAUGGCAGUCAGCAAUGCUACCCGAGUUCUGAGGAGUAUGAUUCUGGGGUGGAUAGUUUCUCAGCUCCUAACAAGUACAUUAUUUGGAGUAACCGGAUGAACACGCACGUCUUGCCUGCAUAUGUUAUAAGCUUUCGAGUUCCUUCCGUUAAAGAGAUUGUGAAGACUGAAGAAGAACCUUUAAGACCGUCUUCGCCUUGGAUGCCGUUUCCAACUCUGAUCUCUGCUCUUUCCAAGGUUUUGCCUCAACCUGAUAUUGCCCUGUUAUCCAGGUUGCACAAAGCUAAACAAGAAAGGAAGAUUUCACGGCAAGAACUGAUUCAGAAAGUGAGACAAAUAGCAGGAGACAAGUUGCUGACUGCAGUCAUCAAGUCUUACAGAGCCAAGAAAAAACCCUGUAAAUUCUCUGCAUACAAGGUGAAGGAAUGACAACCAGACAGUUAGCACAGGUAGAGUGAUUUGCUUCAUGAGUUUAUAAGUGAAAACAAGAGCGGGUCAUUAAUGUUAUUGACUCAAAGCUCUUGAUGUGACAUAGCAGAAAGAAUUGCUUUUUCUUUCUGGUUGCUAGUGGGAAUGAUGUCCUCCAAGAAUAAGGAGAGGCUAUCAUGGAGACAUGGAUACAUUGAGAGGCUCCAAUGUACUACUAACCUUAAUGUAAAUAUCAAUUUUGUUGUAAUUCUCUUUUUUUUCAUGAAAGAGGUCAUUUCUUUUUUGGUCU